GUCUACCUCUGACACAGCGGUUAAAUGAAGCAGUCAGCUGAGCUCACCUGUCAUCGACCGUUUCCUUUUCUCAAGUUUGACCGGAAGUGUGUUGUUGCUUAGAAACCAGGUUGUGACCUUCAAGGGGAGUUUUUAAUAAGCUUAGACAUAAGCAACAAAAACCAGCAUAGGUUAUACCUUUUGUUAAUCGUCGAGUUUGCGGAUUUUCAUUAAUAAAUAUGUCAAAGCGGGAUCCCUAUUCCUCCCCAAAGUUUGAGAAUGACUUCACUCUCAGCGGCCUCAGACCACAGCAGGUCAGUUUUUCCACUGUUCACCAUAGAGACUGUUGACUUGGUAAACUUAACGUCAAGCUAAGGGUUAGGCAGAAAUGUAGACUAUUUCAGAACACAGGUUUAACCCUGUCGGUUAUUUUAAAAAAUGGAACUAAAACGUUUUUAUAGAGCAGCUGAUUCGGAACAGCAGUCCAAUAAAAUCCUGUUAUUCAUAUUAUAUGAAAUAGUCCUGUGUUUUAGCAUCGACUAACAGACAAAAUCGACAUUCUGUGUAUUUUAGACCUUAAGAUAAAAUGAUAAAAUGUGGACAAAAGAUAAAAUGUAGUUAAAUACUCAUCCUAUGAAUACAGGGGCCCCGGGGUCCUUGGACCUUUACUUAUGUAUUCCUGUUCUUUGGAUCAAUACAGCCCUAAAACAGCACAUUUCCAUAUUUAUAUAUUUAUAUAUUUAUGAAGUGCAACUAAAGAACUUCACAAAUCAAAGUAUCUAAUCAUACGUUUUGUUAGGUGGUUGCUAUUCAGCAUUUAAUACAAACAACAUUUUUUAUUUCAAUUGAACAUCUAAAAAACAGAUACAGUAAUAUAAUACAAAAGCUUUUGGAUGAAGGAUGAUUUAAGAUCGCACCUAGGGGUGACUCGUCUCUUAUUUUACAUUGCUUGCAAAUAAAUGUCAUACUUCAAGAAAAGGAUAAACUUAGUAUACAAAACUUCUGAAUUAGCAUAUACUUAGCUCUUAAACAACUUUCAUGCCUUGUUUGAACUCGUCUUUUUUUGGGCUUGGCAUUUUUAUUGCACAUCUACAAUUACUUGAGCAAUCAAAUUAAAUUCCAGCGUGUAAUUAAAAAGUCUAAUAACUUAUUUAAGUCAACAUUGCUGGUGAAUGAUAUCAAAUAACAUUGAGUUUGUGUCAAUCAUGCAAUGUUACCUCAGGCAACAAUCAAUCAUGCAGUAAUUUCAAUGUAAAUUUUAAAUCUCUUAUUUUGCAGAGGAGGGCGUAUAACAAACCGACUCAUCUCGCCCAAACAGAGGAACCAUGGAGCCGCCUUUAUGACACAGCCACUUCAGCCAGUACCAGGCGCAGUAUCACGUGUGACAUGAGUCAGGUAACAAUGAUGAAGCAGGAUUUGACCUUCACUGAUAAAACUAAGAAAAUAUUCCAGGACAAAUUAAAGAAAUAGCUUUUUUUUUUUCUAAAAUUCAGGGUCCAAAUGACAGCCUGGAUUUCCAGCUGAAGUCUAUUUACAAUCACCACAAAGACCUGUUCCUCCAAAAGAACCAGAUAUUGUUCCAGAGAGAGACUUUCUCUAAGAAGGAGAGGUGGGUUUUUUCUGGUCUGGCAGGAAAACUUUACUGUUCUAGCAGCAGCAUUUUAAGAGUCUAGAAUCAACACUGAUUGUGUGUCCUUUUUGUGUUAAUUUACAGGAAACAGGAAAAGUUAAUGCAAGAAAACAACAUUAGGGUGUGGGUCGAUCCACAAAGGUGUUCAAUUUACAGCAUCAAAUGAAGCACAGGUGGGGUUUAUGAAUAUCAUGAUCCUCAAGCAUUGCAGCAAAUGGCUGUGGUGAAAUCUGCAGAAAUAAACCUGGCACUGUUAAUGAAAUACCAUUGUUUCAUGGUGGGUGCAGGCUUUCCUCAAAUUUUAACACAAAACCUUUUUUUUUUCCAUCAACAGGUGUUUCAAACAAGCAGCACAGCGGGAAGAGAGCUUGUCAGUCAACAUGAGACUUUCUGUGCUGCUGUCUCUACAACCAACAACACAGCUUGUGAAUAAACGACUUUCUAAAGUGCA